CGUUGUACCAAAACAAAACGGGAGACAAGAAAUUACCUGUUUGGCUGAAUCACCACAAUUCCGGCUAGUUCUCGGUCCCCAAGUCCACGAACAUGCACCUCACCAAGGCAUUCGCCACUCGCCACUGUGACCACCACCUUCUAGGAUUCAAUCGCACCGUCUCCUCAGCUCACAACCUGUUCUCCUCCUCCCUCUUUUCCUCAUCCUGUUGUUUUCCAAGCCCUUGUUCUCGAAAGCUCGUCGCUCGGGCCCAGAAACCCCAUCAUAACUCUGGUCCCAAAGAGAGGCUGCGAAUAAGGGGCAAUAAGGACAACGUCUGGAGUGUUGACAACGACCUCGCGAAUGCCACGGCCGAGAAAGAGAAGGCGAGGGCCAGUCGGAGGAAGCAGAAGGGAAGGAGCAUGGUGAAGAGGAAGGGAGGUAGGGGUGGUAGAGUGUUGGUCUCUGGGGCUAUGUUGAUGGAGGUUGAAACGGUUCUUCAGACCCAGGAACCAGUAAUAAAACCAGUUUGGAACACAUUUGCUAGCAGUGUCAGUGGGAUUUGGAAGGGUGUAGGUGCAGUAUUUUCUCCUCUUACUGCUGAAAUGGAGCCAGUUGAAAUAGGUAACAAAAAUGAAAACCUAUAUGACUGCUACACCCUUUCCCGUGUUGAGGCAGUGCCAUCACCGUCUGGUAGACCGACAUCACAGAUUCAGAGAAAAAUUAAUUGGGUGACUUUGAACCCUUUUGGUGAAACACUGCAGCAUACUGAAGGCAACGACAUGGCUAAAGAAGGAUCCAGAGAUGGUGGUGCCCCUUUACAUAUAAAAGAAAAGAUCACUGACAAUGCAACAAGCACUGUGUUGCCUACAUUUGAGUCCUUCAACUUUGAAAGAAGUGAUGUGAUGGAAGAAGAUGUUAUGGAAUGUGAACCGGGCCUUAUUUACUUUGAAGUAAGCUGUCCCUCUUACGUUCUAGCAUAGAUUUCUUUGUAGACAUCAAGUUAUUGUUCAUAGCCAGGACAAAUGAUUAUAUUGUUGUAUUGGUGUUAUAUUUUACUGACUUCCCUUCAGCGUGGGAUGUGUAACCUAUGUUUGUCACUAAUACCUACAAGAAAAGAAUAUAUUUUAUGGUUCUGUGAAUUAAAAAACUGUCUGAAUAUUUUCACAAUACAAAUAAACUUCCUGAAUUUUCUGUUUCA